AUGGCCAUGUCACCAAGCCGUCCCCAGGUACUGAGCCUAAUAAAGGCCGCCUGUAGUAGGUCAGUAUGCACGACAGCUGCUGCUGCACGGAAGAUACCACCUGGGUUUGUUGCCAGCGUUGGCCGCUUCGAAACAUUUGUCCUGCCCGAGAAGGUAGAUGGGUCACCCUCAAACCAUGCUCUGGGCAAGGCAAUGGUACAGGCCUGGCGGAGAGAUGGCAUCCUGCAAGUGGCCAUGUCGGGUCAACAGCAGCAGGUCUAUCGGGAAGCCCAGAGAAUAAGCCGGCGUUUCUUUCGCAGGCCCCAUCAUCAGAAAGCUACAUGUGUGGAUGCACAGAGCUACGCCGGGUAUAUUGCCUCAGGUGAAGAGAUCACCGACGGUAUACCUGACUACUCUGAGAUCUUCACGGUGAUCAAAGAUCUCCCACUGGAUGACCAACGAGUCAUGAAUGGUUGGCCGUGCCAUGGGCCCUGCCCUUGGCCUGAUUCUGACAUGGCCAAUGUCAUUCAAAGAUACAUGGAUGAUCUGGCAGCCAACGGAGAGAGAAUGCUGCAGCUCAUCGAGUUUGGGUUGCAUGUUCCGCCGCAAUCUCUAACCAAGUACACUGGAGAUGGCUGGCACCACCUGCGAAUGCUUAGAUUUCCGCCUUGCAAUCGCACCAAUGGCAGAGGAAAGGAAGGCCGGGGGAUCGGCUCACACACAGACUAUGGGCUGUUGAUUAUCGCCGCCCAAGAUGAUGUUGGGGGUUUGUUCAUUCGUCCGCCAAGCCAGGGCGAGCAGUAUGCCAACUGGGAGAAGAGCUCUGCAGGGCUGCUCGAGGAUGAAUCCGGCUGGGUCUUUGUGCCGCCCGUGCCUGGUGUAUUUACCGUCUUCCCAGGAGACAUGAUGCAGUACAUGACCGACUCGGUGCUAUCAGCCACACCACACAAGGUCGGGCUCAACACGCGUGAGCGCUUUGCCUUUGCAUACUUCCACGAGCCCGAUUUCCGCGCCGUGGUGCGCCCACUCCCGGGAUACAACAGAGCACAGCCACCCGUGGACGGAAUCCAUUAUGGCACGCAUUUCACCAACAUGUUUCGGCGAAACUAUCCGGAUCGACUGACGACGAGACGCCUUGAAGAGGAAGGGCGGUACAGGCUGCUGGGCACUAGUGACUUACGUGACGAUAUGUAG